CAAUUUAUUCAAGAUGUUAAUUCAAUGAAUGAAAUAAAAUUUUUGACAAUUAAUGAUAAUCAAGAUGAAGAUUCAGAUACUUUUUUUAAUCAAUUGAUUAAUACAACUAAAAAGACAAUGUGA